AUGGCAGAUUGGAUUCCAAAUUGUUCUAACAGUCCAGUCUUUUUAAUAUUUAAGAAGCAUAAAAAAUAUAAACGGCCGUAUAACCAGUCGUACUCACCAUUUGUGAUGUCAAGAACAGUGUUUAUUAUUAUUGUUUUAACGAGUGUUGUUGUGGCUUACGUCGCUUCGUAUUUCCCAGGACUGUUGGUUAUUUUGUAUCCGAACCGGCUGUCAUGGGCCAAAACAUAUUCAUUUCCUUCACACGAAACGUCACUUGUACUGCGUCCUAAAGCAAAAGUGAUAAUUAGUAAAGAUGUUAAGAGAGAAGCUGUUGCAGCUUUAAAUAUUGCCCUUGAUCUACAGGAACAAGGCAAAUCCGAGAGAGCCCAGAAAGUGUUUCAGCAUGCCUUGUCACUUGACCCUUCCCAUGCAGAUAUACUCACAGCCUUUGGAGAAUUCAUUGAAAUCUUCGAAAAAGACGUCAUAAAGGCUGAUCACAUGUAUAGACGAGCUUUAAGUGAGAAUCCUAGUCACUCUAAAGCUCUCGAAAAUAUACAGAGAACACGACCUUUAGUGGAAGAAAUUGACCAAAAAAGGUUCAACCGAAUUGAUAACAAACGAGACCAGUUAUAUCAAGUGCCUCCAAACCACCCUGGCUUAAGAAGAGCAAAGAAAGAGGCAUACUUCCUUCACAUCUUUCACACGAAUGCCAUAGAGGGAAAUACCCUUACCCUAGCACAGACGAGGUCCAUCGUGGAGACGAGGAUAGCAGUUGGAGGGAAGAGUCUCGCUGAACAGAAUGAAGUCUUGGGUCUUGACUCAGCGUUGAGUUACAUCAACAGUACACUGCUGGGAAAGGUGGGGCACUUACAUCUAAACGACAUUUUAGAAAUUCAUAAGCGGGUGUUGGGUCAUGUUGAUCCGACGGAAGCAGGACAGAUCCGGAAAACUCAGGUCUUCGUUGGUGAUUUCCAGCCACCCUCCCCGGCACAGGUGAAUGGUUUCAUGAACCAGUUCAUUGAUUGGUUGAAUAGUGACGAGGCACUGGAUAUGCAUCCGAUUGAAUACGCUGCUUUAGCCCAUUACAAGCUUGUGAUAAUUCAUCCAUUUUAUGAUGGAAACGGCAGGACGUCUAGGUUAUUGAUGAACUUGAUUCUCAUGCAGGCAGGGUUUCCACCAGUCUCCGUACAGGUUGGAGAACGGUCUCGAUAUUACGAGACUCUUAAUAAAGCGAAUGCAGGAGACUUGCACCCAUUUAUACAUUUUAUUGCAGAGUGCACAGAACGAACUUUAGACGAGUUCUUGUUAUAUACGUCUGAAAAUCUAAGUACUUCUGUUGAAUAUAUCAGUAAAGUUACUGAAAGAAUUAUAAGUGAGACUUCAGAAAGAGUUAUAAGCAUGGAGAGUCCAUGAAGGACUGUUUUAAGAACUGCGGCAAAUGAUUGUUAUUGGUGCUUGUUAAGUUUUUCAUGUGUUCAGAAGCCUUGAACUGUCUGUGAUAUUUGAUACAUGCAUACACACACAUGCACGCACAUACACAGGAAGGAAGGCAAUGUUUAAAUUGGCGACGCACUCAACACAUUUUAUUUACGGUUAUAUGGCGUCAGACAUAUGGUUAAAGAUCACACAGAUAUUGAGAGAGGAAACCUGCUGUUGCCACUUCAUGGGCUACUCUUUUCAGUUAGCAGCAAGGGAUCUUUUAUAUGCACCAUCCCACAGACAUGAUAGCACAUACCAUGGCCUUUGAUAUACUAGUUGUGGUGCACUGGCUGGAACGAGAAAUAGCCUAAUGGGCGCACAUACACAGAUCCUCGCACAUAUCUCUAAUAUAAUAUACAUUUUGUUUUCAAAUCAUGAUUAGCGAUAUUUCUCGUCGACUCGAAAUUGAUUAGUAAUUACUGUUUAAUGUUUUAAAAUUGUGUAGCGAUCUCUGAAACUUGUGUAGUGAAUCACAACAUGAUACUGAACAAAAUGUUUCCUGGUGGAUUUAAUUUACCUUUUGUUAUGCAGAACAUUGUCUGUAAAUGUAUUACUGUUAGAAAAAACAUUCGAGCUAGAUGAAGUGUACAUUUUGUUUCUGUACUUUCUGUGAUACCUGUCAAUUACUUGGCUGAGAUGUAACUGAGAAAAACUUUUGUUCAGUAUUGCAUUAUGAUUUGCAAUGCAAGGUUUAGUGAUCACUAUACAAUUCUGUAACGUUAACUACUAGUUUCUAAUCAAUAUUCAAUCUGAUAGCAAAUGUUCUUUAUCAACAUUUUGAAAACAAAAUGUUCCCUGUGCAAUGGUUUAUAUUUUUUCUUUAUAACUAGUUCAUUACUGGUAUAUAAAAGCUGUAGUAUGUGCUGUUCUGUUUGUGGGAAUGUUUCAGCUAACCCAAUUUCUUUUUUUGCAACCUGCUAUGUCUUCAUGUAAAUGAUAUCCUAAAUUUAAUGUGCAGACAAAAGAAGAAGAAGAUUUAGAUGAGUGACACAAAUAUCAAAUGAACAUUCUCACAAUGUUCAGAGGCCUGCUGUUGGCUUAUUAGUAAGGUGUAAUAAUUUGUGGUGGUAGCAGGUUUUGUCUUCUAGCUCUCUUCGCUAAUCUCUACAGUGUUGAAUACUAUACUAGCUGUAGUUUAAAAUGUGCUGGAGGGUUUUUAUAUAAACAUUCCUUUCACUGAUGAUUUUCAUUUGAAAUAUAAAAUGAAGAUGCAGUCAGACCGGUUCUACAGCUACUGUAGGGAGUAACAAAAUGUGGUCUCUUAAGACAGGUGGUUAGAAUUAGAAUUACUGUAAACUGUACAGAUUGACCUGUAGUGUAUUAAGAAGCCACUUGACUUGAGAGGUCACUGUAUCAUUCUCCUAAAUCAGCUACUGUUGUAUGGCUCAACCUGUGACUAACAGCCAGUUGUCUUGACAAAUUGAUAGUGGCAAGGCUCGAAAUUGGAAGUAAAAUAUGAUCUGUUAUUUUAUUAAAAUAGAAGGUAAAAAGAAACAUGUCUGGACAGCUAAGAAAAAUUGUGGCCAGCUCGAAAUUAAACAACAUGGACCGAGGGGAGGUUUUGGGAUAGUGUGUGGAAAUUAGGACCUCAGAGCUGUAUUUUUGAGCAUGGAAUUAAAAUAUAACAGAAUCAUGAACUAAACAGCAGAUAAGAUAAUCUCUUGAAAAACGACCUGCAAUUGUUUGGUGGUUUUAGCUAGGUCUAAAAAAAAAAGGGGGACUUUUUCACAGGUCACUAUUUCGAGCGUACAGAUUUAAUAUUGGAAAGCCAGACAUGAUUUAUUUUUUAAAAUGGCCACCUUCCACCCCCAUGCAAUCAGUACUGGAACAGUCCUUGUCCUCACAUGCUAAUUAAAAUCUGCCUGUACAUGUACAGCAGGAAACUGCUAUUAAUCGGGAUUAGAAUAAAAUUCCAAUUCCUUAUCCUAGUUAGCUUUCUGUUUGCAUGUAACACUAUUCUGACUAUGUAUCAGCAUUGUAUUUAUUAUUAUGUAAAGUGUCUUCCAAAAUAAUGUAACAACACAGUCCCUGGACAUUUUUGGUGCAAUAUAGUGCAGUGUAGUGUAUAGGAAUAUGCUGCAUGUGUUAAAAUAAUGUUUUUCAUUAUACAAUGUAUGCAUUUGAAUGAACAUUUUAUUUGUAAAAUAUUUAGUUGUGUGUCAUAAGUGAUAUUACGAAAAUAGUAAAUAAAUAUGUAUUUGGCAGUUUAAAAAAAAAAAAAAGUAAACCAAUGAAUACAAUAAGUCGUGUUUGAAAUUAAUAUUAUAUAAAGUUGAUGUUUAUCUUUAGGUUGUAUAUAUUUUUUAUCUACUGAUCUUAAAAUACUGUGAUAUUUUGAACAUGUGAAACACAAGUUGUCUGGGAUGAUUUUCUUGUUCCUUUGUUGCUAAAAGAGCUAGAGAAUUUUUGGAGAUGGGGAUUUCUGUUUGUAUUUAAUGAACUACACAAAAUGUGCAAAGUGAAAUUUGUAUUUGAUCUUUGCUACAGUAUUAAAACUAAAUGUAACACUUUAGUACAUCAUGAAAUAUCAGCAUAAUAAUAUAUUAUUAUUAUGCUGUUAGUUUAUAAGAUACCUGUACUUAUAACUUUUGCAUAUCUUCCUAAUUUUGAAAUAAUUUUAACAAACCAGUAUUCACUGGGUACUGCAAGUAGUGAUUUUCUUUCUUACUUUUUUUGUUUUUGGUGGGUGAGUACUACUACAUCGGUCAAAUGGACUAUUCUCGGUUUUCAGCCCUAGCAAGACUUUCAUUUGUUCCCCUCAACAAAAAUAAACUCACAUCGUGCUUUUUUCCUUCUUUUUAAAAAAAAAUCGUCUUUCUUUAAAGUUUAAACAUGUUUUAAAUACAAAGCAUUAUACGGGUAAAUACUUUUGGAAUGACCUUUGGCUGAAUUCUAUCAAAUUUCACUUCGCUGUUUGAAGAAAUAAUUCAUAUGUGCAAAUUGCUUUUAGACAAAAGUCGAUAUUGAGGUACUAUAAAACAUUACAGAAGUGCAUCAGAUAUGGAAAUCUUAAUAUUCUAAACACAAAAAUUAAACUAAAUUGUAAUUUUAAUAAUGUAAAAUAUAUUUUAUUUGCCUAAAACCUUUUAAAAGGGCUAUAAACUCAGCAUAGUCCCUUUAAAUUAUCAUUUGGUUUAACCACAUAUACUUCAGUUCAUGGAACUGUUCAAAAUGGCAUAUUCACUAUAAUAGUAAAAAUGUAUUUUAUAUAUUAAAUUAUACAGCCAUUUAAUUGGCCAAAUUGUAGCAAUGCGGUUUUGGUGUAUUUCAGUGGGCAGGAUGUAGCCCAGUGGUAAAGCACUAGCUUGAUGCACAGUCAGUUUGGAAUCCUAGUCGGUGGGCCCCAUUGGGUUAUUUCUCGUUCCAGCCAGUGCAUCACAAUUGGUAUAUCUAAGGC